AUGAUGAUGAGACUGAGUUUCUAUCCAUUGAGGUCUGAUACCUCAAAGCAGAUCAAGUUCUUGGUGGAUCUCCUGUCUCAAGCAGCAGAGUGGGAGGAGCAGACAGGAGAGAAGACACUGAAGCUGGUAUCAUCAGUGUGGACUUACAGCACCUUUCCUUUUCUCGGUGGAGACAAUUCUCAGAGUGAUUUCCUGCUGGAUCUGUACUCACAUGUGAAGGACUAUGAGACUCAAACAGGCAGGAGUUUCCUUCCAGCAUUACAGACUGUUUACCAGUCAGCCAGUCCUGCAGUCUGGUCCAUAGACCUCUCAGAGAGAAAGGCCUCCCUCCUCCUAGAAGUGCUGAAACUCCAACCAGAAAAGAAGCCAGUAAAGCUGAAGGACUGGUCAGAUGAAGAGAGUGAAGUGAGGAGUUUCCUUCAGUGUCUGUCCUACAUCUCACAGCUGAGCUGUGGUGAUGACAGGUUCUUCCAGACUGUGUGUGAAUCCAUCCCUGUGAGGUCCAGAGAGGAGGACCAGCAGUUGGCCUCUCUUCUCCAGGCCUUGGGCUCCACCCUGUCACUGGGAGGAGAGUUACCCAGGAAAACCUGCAGGUCUGUGGGGAGAGUCCUGGGUCUCUGUGCCUCCAGAGUGGACCUCACUCUCACCCCCAGCAAGAUCUCUCUCAAAGGAGCCGCACUUCUUUUGAGACAUGAGUCAAAGCUCCACAAGCUCAGGCUGAAUCUGGGUAUGGCAGUGAAACUGUCCAGACUGGUUAGGAGGACAGGGAGAGGUGCUACUCCACUGACUGUCCCAGAACUCUCCCUGGUUCUAAAGAGCAGCCAGCCACCAGAGAGAGUGUUAAUCAGGGCUCUGAGUAGUGUGGCGUCCCUGCUGAGACUCUGGAGGGUUCAGUGUCUGGACCUGACUGACUUCCGGAUCCAGGGUCACUCUCUCAUCACACUGCUGUGUCACCAGGGACCUCUCUCUCUCAGACUGAACUCAGACACUCUGCAACAGCUGACUGUAGUUGUGUAUGAAGCUCAGGACAAGGACUUGACUCAGUGGUUCCUGGAGAAGGUUGGUGGAGACCUGACCUCCUGCAGGCUGGACUGGGAAGUGCUUCUCUCUCUGCUGCAGCAUUCAACCCACAACAUCACUGUGGACCUCAGGAAGAACAGGCUUCUAGAGAAGAACAUCUCAGAUCUUCUCCCCUUUCUGGGAAGGGUUACUCUCAAGAGGUCCAGUUCCAGCUUUGUAAAGUCCUCCAUCAGACACAUCUAUGACAGUAGAGACAGUGACUGUGUGUCCAGUUUGUUGAGGUCUUCAGACCAUUGGAUCAACCUGAACAGCAGAGAGCUGGACAGAGUGGACUGUUCUGCUCUGUGUUUUACCCUGCAGCACAGCCACCAAGUCAAAGUCAACCUGCUGUGGACCUCCAUACCACCGGGGGAGAUAGAGAGCAUCCUGCCUCUUCUGGACAGAGUCUCCCAACUCAGUGUUGACAGGAGGUUACUGUUGAGUUUCCUCCAGUGCUGUGCUGCCUCUCAGAUCCAGCAGGGGGCACCACCACCACCACCACCAACAGCAGUAUGGCUGCUCAGGUCUCUGCACUACAGGCUGGACUUCUCCUGCUCCUCCUCUGUGGACCUGUCAGCUCAGGACCAGGAGAAGGCUCUGUGUCUGACCACUGACCACUGCAGGGCCAUCAACUCUGUUCUGAAGCAGAACCAACACAGCACCCAGCUGGUCCAGAACCAGGUCCAGCUCAUCCUAAGAGACUGUGAGGUGGAGGACAGAGCACUGAGGGAGCUGCUUCCCAUCCUGCAUAUCGUCAAGCUGAGCCCCAGCAAAGCUCUGCUACUUCAGCUGCUGGACCUUGUGUGUGAGGGGAUUGAAGAGGGGCUGCUGAGGCACACAGAGUCCCUGUGGAGAGCCCUGGAUGGGGAGCUGGACCUCAGUGAGACCAGGCUGGACCAGAAGGCCUGUGGAUCUCUGGCCCUGGUUCUGGAACACUCAGAGGGUCUGUCAGAACUGGACCUCAGCCACUGUCAACUCACAGACCACCACCUACAGCCCCUGAUCACACACCUGCAUAAAGUACAAGUCCUGGACCUGAGUCACAAUGACAUCACUGAUGCUCUGACUGACAGUAUACUCCAACUGGUCUCUACCAACACUUCAAUACACACCGUACGACUCUUCAACAACAGAAUCCAGGACAGAAGACCCUUCCUGACAGACAAGAGGUUUAACAUCUGGUGAAACAACAUCAGGUCUUAGUCCAGGAAGAGAAGGCUGAAUCCAGGACAGAAGACCCUUCCUGACAGACAAGAGGUUUAACAUCUGGUGAAACAACAUCAGGUCUUAGUCCAGGAAGAGAAGGCUGAAUCCAGGACAGAAGACCCUUCCUGACAGACAAGAGGUUUGAGAUCUGGUGAAACAACAUCAGGUCUUAGUCCAGGAAGAGAAGGCUGAAUCCAGGACAGAAGACCCUUCCUGACAGACAAGAGGUUUGACAUCUGGUGAAACAUCAGGUCUUUGUCCAGGAAGAGAAGAUGGAUGUUGAAGAUGGACAUAGAGGUUUCAAGAGUAGUAGGCAAGGCCCAGUUCUGUGACAUUUUAGUGACUGAGGACAUGGUUAGGAAGGCCCCAAUCACUCUCUCACACACAC